CGAACGCGAGUGGUUUACAUAAGAUCGCAUCCUUUUUUUUCAUAUUUUUUAAUUGUUCAACAAGGAUAAGGGAUAUUUUUCCCCCAGUGAAGUGUGCUAUGCAAAUUGAAAUGUGGCUAAAUGUUGUGAUCACUCUAAUCCUGGCCGGAUCCUCGCUGUCCAACGCCUUCUGGUGGCCAAAAACAACAACGGAAACCAGGGAGCCCAGUGGUGGUCCAAUGCUGCAGCAAAUCCCGCUCACCUACUUCCGCACGUACACCUAUCAGCCGUUGGCUCCCGGAUUCUUUGGAUUUGGAGCUCCACAGACACCAAUGCUACCAGGACCACCCCACCAGUAUGAUCCUUAUGCGGUGAACAGUUACGGGGCUGGCCGACGACACGACACCGUUCCCAGGCAGGAAGUGAGUGCGCCCAGUAGUACAACUACCAGCACGACCAGCACCACUCCGGCUCCAACGACCACAACGACUACGACGACGACAACCACGCCGGCUCCAACCACCACGACCAGUACCACCACUAGCACCACAACGCCACCACCUCCUCCUCCGCCAGUGGCCCAGUCCACCAGCAGCAGCUUCUCCGAGGGAUCCACCUCCAGUUUACUACGCUUCGGCGAAUAUCCCACGUACAAUCGCCGGGUGAGCAACCUCUACAAUGCCAGGCCGCAGUAUCCGUAUCCGGACUACUUCAACUACCAGCCGCCGCAGCAGCAGUCGCAGAAUGUGAUGUCGGAGCAGGGGGUCUCCUCCAGUGGCAGUCGCAUCCAAUUUGUGCCCUGCAUGUGCCCCGUUAGCAUGCCCAGUUUGCUCCCAUCCUCGACGGCGGCCACAACGUCUACCCAUCCGGGCACUUCACCCACUUCUUUCGCAUCACAGCCGGCGGCUCGUCACAUCGAACGGCAGGAAUUGGAAGCGGAUGCUGAUGGCGAGACAGUCGGCGAGGGAGAGGAAGAGGAGGAGGAGGAGGACGAGGAGGUGGUGGAACAGGUUCAGGAGGAGGGUUCCACCAGUAGUGUUAAGCCAAUUCUCGACUGAUUCGUCACUUUAAUGGGGGUGCCAUCAAAAAUCUCUUUCAACCACAUACCACCGCAUCUAAACGGAUGAGAUAUCUGGAAAAUCCCUGUAAAUACAAUUAUUAAAUGCCUGCCCACAGAA